CAUGGCCAAAGCGCGGCUCGUCGCAAAUGGCUGACAUGACUUUGAUCAUGGCGCCGUCGUAUAAGACGGCCGACCUCCACGUUUGCCCCCCUUUACCCCCCUUCGGUCCCCAUUGCUUUGCAGUUGCUGCGCGUCUCACGACCGGACAACGGAUAUCCCCAACGACAAGAGUCCGUGAAAGCCACCGCCGAACUAUAUCAAGUCCUGCAAGUCCACCCCUUGAUACUCCGAGCGCGCGUCGUCAUUGGGCAUUGAGUUUGCCGCCUGCGGAUCGAGACGUCCUUUGAUAUAAAUAUAUAGUGUAGCUCUGGCGCCGUUUGUUUUGUACAUUCCAUGAUGAUUGAGGACCUACAUUCUGCCAUCGCUCGCGUGCGAAUUGCUUCACUCCAGUCAGAAGUUCUCAGCAAAUCGCCUACCCGGGAAGUCGUGCGUCGUCGGAGUUGCAGCAAAGUCAAGCCGAUCCACGUUGCCAAGGGCCGAUUGCCACUGUUCACCAAGCAGAGAACCGUCCGCGUCAUUUCCUGACCA